AUGGAUGAUUUGCCAGAGGAGGGUUAUCUAUAUCAUAUCGGAGAAGGGGACAGGUCACCCAACCUCCCCACUAUUACCUUUACCCAAGAAGAUGCAACAGGCAUCAUCCCGGGGCAUGAUGAUCCCAUGGUCAUUACCGUCAUACUCGCCAAUGCUAAUCUCCACCAAAUGUUGGUAGACCAAGGGAAUUCCGCUGAUAUCUUGUUCAAAUCUACCUUCGACAAACUUGGCUUACAAGAAAAAGAGCUCAGAGCAUAUCCGAAUAGCUUGUUCGGACUCGGAGACACCCCAAUUCAACUACUAGGAUACAUCUCACUGCAUAAAACCUUUGGAAAAGGAACCCAGUCAAGGACACUAAGCAUAGACUACAUCGUAGUCAACGUGAGCUCAGCGUAUAACGCCCUAAUAGGUCGGACAACCUUGAACCAGCUCGCCGCAGUAGUCUCCACUCCGCAUCUGUGCAUGAAGUUCUCAACUCUAGAAGGGAUCACCACGAUAAAAGGAGACCAGAAGCUAACGCGACACUGUUACAAUGAAAGUCUAAACCUUAAGGGCAACCCAGAGGAGAAGAAAUCAACACCAUCGAACUCGGGGGAGUUCGAGCUCGCGAAGAACUUCGUCCACAACUUGAAGGCUGUAGACAUGCCCGACAUAGAUACCGAGCUAAUAUACCAUAAACUGGCAGUAUAUCCCGGAUCUUGGCCAGUGCAACAGAAGCGUAGGAAACUUGGCCUAGAAAGAUCCCAAGCUGUGGAAGAGUAG